UCCUUACGACCGAUAAGCCUUGCUGCAGGCUCCAAGUACACUCCAGCUACACAGAACGUCUUGAGUGGGAGACUAUAGAGCAUGAAUAACACAACAAUCCUAAACAUGAGUCAUGUGAUGCAUAACAACAUCAUCAAUCAGUGACACCGUGCAGAACCCAGCCCAGACUAUAAGUCCUUCAAGUAUUAUCAUUGCGUCAUCAUUGGGGAGUGAAUCUCUAUAAAUACCGAGUUCUGGAGGGAUUUAUGGACAAGCGUCAUUUCACCACCAGGCCAGUGUGUCGUCAUCAACCGAAAAUGAAAGUGUUUGCUUUGGUCUGCGUUGCACUCCUACUGUCUUUGUCAGGAGCUGCUAGUUCAUCAUGCUACAAUCGAUGUGGUAACAGUUACAGCGGAUCUUAUUCUUGCCAGUGUAACUCUAAUUGCGCCCGAUACAGAGAUUGCUGUAGUGACUAUGUCCUGCACUGUCAACUCGGUUCCUGUCAGGGACGUUGCGAGACCAGCUACGACGGUAGCAAACCUUGUCAAUGUAACACGUCAUGUGAUCGGUACGGUGAUUGCUGUGUGGACUACGAAACCCAGUGCUCUGGUGACAGUCCCGUUGUUACAUCAGCACCAAGUAACCCCGGGGAUGGCAGCGCCCCAACCGACAUGGACGAGUUUGCCACUGCCGUGUGGAACGCCGAUGUCAACCGCUUGAGCAGCUCCGACUACUCCAUGAAUGUAGGAACUUACAUCAGUAACUCCGGAGCCAAACAAGACGUCUCCAGCAACCCGAUGUUCACAUCUGUAAACACCGCCUUCUUUCAGCGUGACACCUACAAGACUCUAAUUAGCCUCUUUGAUAACUACAUCACCUCCCAAGGUCAAUCUGAGGUCACCACGGCACUUGAGCAAGCUGAACAAGAUGCCUUCAUGGACGCCAUGUUUGAUACCACUGUAAUGAGUAUUGCCUACCAGUACGUCAAAUCAUUGGGUUAUUACUCUACUUUAUCUCAGUACAAGGAGUUUGUACGCGGUCUUAUAUUCACUCCCUACACACGCAAGGCAUCCAAGGAUACCUCCGGCUUUGAGCAUGUCUUCACUGGAGAGUUCUCAGACAGCUCGUCCGUGUCUGGAUUCCACAACUGGGUCCGCAUGUACCUUCUCGAACAAGAAGGGGUCAUGAACUACUAUGGAUACAUGAAUAUUCAAGAGCCAAACCAGAUACUGUACCAGUUUGAAUGGGAAAACCGCGUCAAGCCAAUUACUUCGAUCAUGCAUGGCGUCAGCCCCGAGUUUGAAAUGGCCAUCUUCUCCACGUGUUUCCUGACCCGACGCAACGCCGUAUGUGACAUGACGAUCAAUGGCGGCAGUGCUUCCGUCCAGACGUGGGACUACAACGGCGCCGAUGUCUUCGGCUCUGCAUACUUCAUUGCUUAAACAAAAAUAAAAUUCUCCAAGUUGAGCUCAGUUUGAGCUUUCAAAGUUGAUUUAAAAUGAUAUUCUGAUGGCCCUUUUCAUAUCCACGGCCUCGGCUUUGGAUUCGGCUUUAGGUUCCGUUCUAUCGUACGUCUGAAGCCCUGAGCACGUACUCAAUUCCAAAGCACGUGCAAAUAUUCAAAACAACCGCGGGCCAAGCUAGCCUUAGCCGAAUCUGGAGCCGUGGUUUCGAAAAGGGUCAAAGCUAAAAUAUCAUGCGUCAUCUUCUUCCAGCAAACACGGGACGGUCGACUUGGUAUAUCAACGGACGACUUGUCUUUUACGAACGGUCGAAGUGUCUUACCAAUACCAGUUGACUUGCCUCACCGGACGACCUGUCGAAUUAAUCAACAGACGAAUCGUCUGGUUUUACAUUCGUUAAUAAUUUGAAUAUUUCACGUAAUGUUUAAUUUUGAAUCUGUUUGGGUUGAAGUAAGUAUACCACUGUCAACCCUUCAAAAUAAUAAUAUAUCCAUAAAAGAGUCGUCUGGCGACUCGAUCCAAGCAAUGGUAACACUAUUAAACUGCAAACUACAACUCUUUCCAGUGUGCUCAAUAAAGUGCAUGGAGUCAAACUCCCUGGUAAUAAUCCUUCGUAUUGCCAACUUUCAGAAUAACAAUAAUGCAGGUAUUAAAUCAGAAUUAAAUAAUCA